AAUAUAUAACCAAAACAAAAGACAUGGACUUUCUGACCAGCUCUGACCAGAUUGGGUGUCCAUUUUCACCAUUCUCUAAUUGUUCUCUCAGGAGAAACAUUAAGACCAUCUUCUUGGAUAUGCAGAAAUUCAUUUGCACUGUAUACUGAAACUAGUUCAUUUAGUUGGUUCAAGCUAUUGUGUGUGUAUUUGUUCCACUGCGUUUUUUUUUCUGCAAAUGUAAGGAGCAUUGGCUCUUUUUAAUUUGCCUGUUUCUUUAUUUUUUGUAAAACCAAUACCCAGAGGAUAUUACAAGUUCUAAUUGAAAAUUUUAGGAAAGACGGUACUGUCGGCAAGACUUACUCUAUUUUGUAAGGAACCAAAUCUAUAUUAUUUGAUGAAAUCAAUUAGAGAAUAUUUGGCAUGAAAUAUUUACCGUAGCCCUGUAAUUUAGAAAUAUUACUUUUUUUUAUGUGUAGCUACGAUGGAACUCAACCUCUUUGUGAAUGCUGCAUAUGGAACUGCAAAACAUAGACCUGGAGAAUUGCUCCAUUGACUUGUAGUUGUCUUAUUAACUGUGUCUGUACUAAAGUUUAGUGAGCAAAGGGUUUAAGCCCAAUGGAUUGAUUUUUCGGAAGUGUUGGUAGAUUUGGAGUACAAAUCAUGAAGCUCUUGAAGAGGGAGUAAUUGUAAUUGAUUGUGGUAGUUGAGAGGUCGAGUUUAAUUCGAGAAGAGGUAGAUAUGGCAGCAAAGUUCUUACAUUCUUUAGCAGAUGACAACCCAGAUUUAAAAAAGCAGAUAGGAUGCAUGACUGGGAUUUUCCAACUCUUUGAUCGUCAUCACAUUAUUUCCUCUCCCCACAUUACCCAGAAGAGGCAUCAUACAGGUUAUUCCCUCUUCAAUUAUGACAGUCUGGAAACAGGUUCUAAUAUCAUACACCAGCCGCAAUCAACAGCUGAUAUGAGGGGUAUGAGUGAUAAGCACAAAAUUUCAGCUGAAUCAUCGAGAACCUCAUUCUGUUCCUCUUGUUCAUCAUCCAUGUCCUCUUUGGACUAUAAAGCUGAAGCAGAUGCUCCCUUUGACCGGAUUGGUUUUCCUGAAACUCCUAUGAGGGACCCAGUCAUGAACCAAGCAAGUACCUCUCCCCAUUUAGGAUGUCCAUCCCUUGAUCUGAGGGAUGUGGUGAAGGAAUGUAUAUAUAGGGAAGCCAGAGGACUGUGCAGAGAAAGGGAUUCCCCUAGACAAUUUCAGAUGUCUAAAUCUGUUGAUAGAAAGCAAACUCCUAUUGAUCUAAAGGAGUCCUUGCGAGUCCUUGCUAUACUUAGAGAAACACCUCGGCAUUAUGUUGAAGCUAAAGAACUUCCUAGACUAUCAAAUGAAGUAAAAGAUGGACAUUGGCAUUCCAUUUCAAAGGAUGCUCCUCGGUUUUCUUAUGAUGGAAGAACAACAUGUGAGGUAUCUUUUGACUCGCAUGAUACCUUGAAAUGCCCACAAAAGCUAAAAGAGCUUCCUAGACUUUCACUGGACAGUAGGGAAGGUUCAUGGCGCUCAAACGGCUCUGAUUCAAAACUCAGUAACCUCUCAAGAAAUUCCAAUACAGGUGACGCCUCCACCUCAGUUGACAACAUUUCUAGUCUACAACAGCGUUCAGCAUCUCAGAGACGGUCACCUGGUAUUGUAGCAAAGUUAAUGGGCUUGGAAGCAUUGCCAGAGUCCUAUGUGGCUUGUGAUACCAAGUCAAGUUUGAGUGAAACUGACUCAAGUAAAGGUAAUAAUCAGUUUGGGAAAAAUGGAUUCGUUACACCACUUCCAGUUUCUAAUUUCCCUGAAUUCCCAUUGAAAGAGAAAGAGAUGACUUCCCCACGGUGGAAGAAUCCUGAUUUGGUUGUCAAACCAAUAUUGAGUACAAGGUUUCCCAUUGAACCUGCACCAUGGAAGCAGCCGGAUGGGAACCUAAGCUCUGAGAAACUAACUUCCAGGGUCAUAAAACCUACAGCAAGAACCCCGGAUUCAUUUCCUUCAGUUUAUAGUGAGAUUGAGAAUAGAUUAAAGGAUCUUGAAUUUAAACAAUCUGGAAGGGAUCUCAGAGCACUCAAACGGAUAUUAGAAACAAUGCAAGUAAAGGGUCUAUUAGAGAGCAGAAAAGAAGAACAAGCUUCAAAUGUUGUUAGAAAUAAAAGAGACUAUGAACUAAAAUCGACCUCAAUUCAGCAUUCUACGAGGCAGGAAACAGCCUGGGAAUCUGAUUCUGCAGUGGCUAUAGAGUCACCAAUAGUGAUCAUGAAACCAGCAAAAAAUGUUGAAAAAAGUGGACCUUUUGCUUCUUCAGUCUUUCCAUUUCAUGAACUUUCUGAUUCCGACAAACUUCAGAGUGAUGGUGUACAUGUACAUGGUAAAAAAGGCACACCUUCCAGUCAAAUAGCCAAAGACCGGUCUCCUAGAACAAGUCCCAAGGAUGCUUCUACCAGUUUUAGCGAAAAGAAAGUGAAUAGUAUCAAGACUAGAAAAUCAACACAAUCCCUACCAAGGUCUACACAAUUUCCAAAAGAAAAUGGUCCAAGCUCAGUAAAGAGUUCAGAAUCUGCUAGCCCAAGAAUGCAGCAGAAGAAGUCAGCAUCGGAGAAGCAAUCUUGCCUUCUUACCUCAUCAUCAGAUUCAAAUAAUCCCAGAAGGCAGUUCUGUAAGCAGACAACACACUCAGGUUCUCCCAGUCAAAAACUGAGACCUAAAGUCCCUAAUUCACAGAGCAGUGAUGACAGACUCAGUGAGACUAGCAAUGAACAAAGAAGUUUAAGUAGCCAGUGGGAUGAAGUAUCUCUGCAAUCAGACAGUAUCUCUUUCGACUCAAAGAUGGAUGCUGAAGUUGUUGAUAGCCAAUGCCCAUCUAGGAAGGCUGUUGAGCAUUUGGUUUCAGGAUCCAUGCAUAAGAAAUCAACUCCGAGGUGGGAUGAGGAUGAGUCAAUUGCAGAACUUACAACACACGCCUCAGAUCAUCCAAGUCUCGGAUCAGUUGUUGAUGUCUCAGUAUACAAAUUCGGUAUGCCAUCCCCAGUAAAGAAUAUAUCCUAUUCUCGUAAAGUUGAAAACGCUCAAGAAUCUAAAGAAAAUUAUCAUACAGAUCAGUGGAGCCCUGCAGAAGGCCUCUUCCUUAACAAUACAAGAUAUAGAGAGAUCAACCACAAGAAAUUGCAAAGCAUAGGUCGCCUUAUUGAAAAGCUUAGACAGCUAAACUCAAGUCACGAUGAGACUAGAAUCGAUUACAUAGCUUCCCUUUGUGAAAAUACAAACUCAGACCACAGAUACAUUGCUGAGAUACUAUUGGCUUCAGGUCUACUUCUGAGAGCUUUGAGUUCUGAGCUGCUGACCUUUCAACAUCACUCAUCAGGUCAUCCCAUUAAUCCUGAGUUAUUCCUUGUGUUGGAACAAACCAAGUUAAGUAGUUUGCUUUCGAAAGAAGGGGGCAGCGAUGGAAAAAUUGCUUACAGGAAGCCAAAUACGGAGAAGUGGCACAGGAAACUCAUCUUUGAUACUGUGAAUGAGAUUCUUCGUACAAAGCUAGGCUCUUCUCGUGAGCCAUGGUUCAAGCCGGAUGGACUUACAAGGAAAUUCGUCACUGCACAGAAGCUUCUUAAAGAACUAUGCUUUGAGAUACAAAAACUUAAAUAUGUGAAACCAGAUAGCAAAGAUGAAGGGGAUGAUCUGAAAAGUAUGCUAGGGGAAGAUGUGAUGCGUCACUCGGAAAAUUGGACAGGUUUCCCUGGUGAAUUACCCGGGGUUGUGUUGGAUGUUGAGAGACAGAUAUUUAAGGACUUAAUUGAUGAAUUUGUGAUUGAUGAAAGUUUGGGAGUGACGUACAAUAGGCACAGCAAGCUAUUUGGAAAGUAGUUCAUUUCAUUUGUUCAUUUACAAAUAAUAUUUUUUGUAUCAAAUCCAUGAAAGUUUAAGGAUUAAGAGCUUUGAUUGUUUUUGCUAAGCUGUGAAGCAAGUAACUUUAACACGGAUUUACAUCAUAAGUAUUCUCAAAAAUUGAUGGU